GUGUACGGAACAGUUGCUGCCUAACGUCCGUCGAGGAGGGACUGUGCUGCCUUCGCUAGUAGUUUGUACUCGUGUGAUUAUUAUUGCGGUGUCGAAAGAAAAACAAGGGAAAUAUCACACGGUUUUAAAAUAUUCCCGGUGGCACUAGAUUAAUUAUUCCAACGUUCAAUAUAGUCACUGACGAUCUUUUACGAUUCCAUUGAUAGUUUUAUCAACUAAAGGAAACUAUCUGCAAACGUUUUAAGUCAUAGACUGCCGAGGCUUCGGAGACGAGUGACCUCAAAAUCUACCGCCGCGGGCCGCACUCCAUCGCUCCCCGACGUCCUCCCGCCGUUAGAGCCGCGGCGUAAGAAGGAAAAUGAACCUCAAACGACUCAACAUGUUCAGUAUGGAGAACAAGUUGGUCGGCUGGCUGAGACACGUCCUCACGGUCAUCUCCGUUAUCAUUUUCAUCGUCGGAUGCGUGAUCCUGGGCUACAUGGCGUGGGUCCUCGCCACCUCCAUCACCGUGUCGCGAUUCCUCUCCGGAACCCUGAUCUUCACGUACAGCGUCCUGGGCGUCGGGUUCCUGUUCUUCCUCACCGGCCUCGUCGGGUGGGUCGCCAGCGCCCGAGUCCCUUCUGCCUGCUGCGCCUGUACCUGAUCGCGCUCGUCCUGGCCAUCGCCACGGAGAUCGGGGGCCUCAUCGCGCUCAGCAUCCUCGACACCAAGCUGGAAAUGGUACUCCUGAACGGUUGGGCGGAGGUCAACCAGGGGACACGCAACAUUGUUCAAAAUAAAUUCAACUGCUGCGGAUUUUAUGGGCCCAAGGAGUUUGCCUACACUAACUACCCUCUCAGCAACUCAUGCUAUGAUGGUGCAACGGAGACUGAUGCUGACGCCUUCACUAAUGCCCAGCAGCUCAAACAGACUGGAUGUGGCGCCCCACUCAAAUUCUGGAUGGACGAUAACAAAGCUAUCUGGUGCUCUGUCCUGGCGGGGCUCGGUGGCCUCCAGCUGAUGUGCGUGAUUCUCUGCAUCCACAUCAUCCACAAGCUCAAGGACAAGUCGGGCUACAAGAGGACCUCCUCCAAGCGGCGUCUCCACGACGAGAAAUCGGCGUACUCCCUGUGAGCCGUCGACCACCAUGAACUCAUAUGGUGAACUUGGAUGUUUGUCGCCUGUUCCAUCUGUCAGCUUUUCCGGUUGUGAAUCUCCGUGGGAAGAAAGGCUGCAGCUAUCACUUUCAACCUUCGUUUGGCCGUUCUUCACCUGGGCCCUUUAUUUGUAUUUGAAUAUUCUAAAUUCACUUUUGCCUAUUUCCAUCUAUUGUGGGGAAUUGUGAUAACGAUUUUAUGUUUUAUUUAUUCUAAUACAAAAUUUUAUUUUAAAUUGAUUUUAUUUAAAAUUUAGUUAUUCAAAACUGAAAACGUGAACGUUUCCCAGUCCAAAUUAGCUGUAAUGUAAAGUUGAUGACCCUGACACGUCUUUAGAUAUACAUAGAGUAGUAAUGGACUUAAAUCACAUUUAGCAAUGCCAAGGAAUUAAGCCAUGAAAGUGUGCCAUCAGUUAUAAUAGUGGUUUCUGUGUUCAGGUACAUCUAUGUGAUUUAUCAGAAAGUGUUUAGGCAGACGAGCGGUAGUACCUAUAGAAUAAACUUUCUAGCUCACCAUAUAGUUCAUGCAAUAGUAGUGGUCGACGGGAAUAAAUGAAUCUCGUUUUGUGUAACUCUGAAGCCACAGCCCGAAUCUUCAACUUCAGGCGUCGUUAGGCCGCACCCGCACGGUCGAGCUCUGCCCGAAGGUCUGUACUAUUUCUAGACAAAGUCUGCGGCCAAUAUUCGCAUUGUUUGUAUUUGUGUGACAGGAGCCGGGCUGCUCUCUUCGCAUUCACUUUGAGACUGACCGACAACGGACAAGUGGUUGAGUGCGGGACAGUCAUCAGUCAUAAGAUGAUUUCGCUCAACACCGGACACGGAUAUCUCGAUUGUUUGCCCGCUAAAGAUGCUCGAUGAUGGUACAACCCUCUUUACCACCUGGCAGUGCUUGGCCGUGUGUAAGCGGCAUUAGUCAAACAAAUUACUCUCCUCCUUUAAAUAGUGUAGCAUGCAUCUAUACCUGUUUCCGAAAAGGAAUUAGAAAAACUCUGUCUGAUAUAUGUUUAUUCAUAUAAAAAUAUGGAUUAAUUAAUUUCGAGAAGCUAUUCUGUCUUUUUGUAAUUGAACUCCAAUCGGCCAAUAAACACAUUGCUACGAACUUGAUAAAAUUCCAUCACUAUUUUACGAGGCUCCGUAUAUAAAAACAUUUUGAAUUUUAAUCCAUAAUGAAAGUGAUUAUCGGCAUCAAGAGUUUUGCUAAAUUGUUUCGGAACUCUUGAUCCUGAUAUGGUUACUACCUGGUAUUGUUGAUAACUUUGUUGAAAUGGCUUGUGUGGUACUGUAGCUCAUGAAUACAAAGUGACACUAUGUAUGAUCUUAGAAAGCUACAUAGUACACGUAUUUAUCUUAAUGCUGUACCAUUAUAUCAAUUUUAUGUCGUUCAUGUACCUCAGAGAAAACAGAUUUAAUUAUUUUUAUAAUGCCUUUUAAGAUGUACAACCAGUGUUAUUAUACAUACAUUUUUUGUAUAUGUUUCAAUGUUUGGAAGCCCAUGCAUAGACAUUUAUUAGACUUUAAACGAGAAAUGUGAUGUUUGUCCCAUGCUACUUAUAUGUUCGCUUUUCUUCUCCAAAGUGCGUCUGGUUGUCUGUUUCAUACUAUUUCUGCAGCUGCGUUUGUGGACCCUUGCUUGUUUGUUGUUUGUUGUGUUUUUUCCUCAGCGUCUUUGUUUUAUGACUAUUUUGACCGUAAAUAGACUUUUGACUUGCUUGUAUAUAUGUACAUCACCUUUCCCGCUUUUAUAAAUGCUGUUUUAGAUAUGAAAUCAAUGUUUGUUAUAGCUUUUUAUAUCAAUAAAAUUUGUCUUCAACAAUU